GCUACAGACCUGUAGGCAGUACUGCCCUUUGGUUGCAGUGUUCUGACUCAGAAACAGCUACGGCUCAACCUCUCCACCAUGAGCCUCAGACUCAAGGCCACCUCCUCCUGCCCCAGUGCCAGCCUGCAUCGCAUCCUGGGGGGACUGCUGCUGCUGUCACAGCUCCUGACUCUUCUGGUUCCUGCAAUCAAUGGACAACCUGAAAAUGUGGAUACAUUUGCUGAACUGCGUUGCCUGUGUCUGAGAACGGUCUCUGGAGUGCAUCCCAGCAAGAUUUCCAGUGUGGAGGUGAUCAAGGCAGGAGCUCACUGUCCCAAAGUCGAAGUGCUAGCCACACUGAAAGAGGGGAAAAGAAUCUGCCUGGAUCCAGAUGCUCCUGGAGUCAAGAAACUGAUACAGAAAAUACUGGAAGGCCAGGGAUCAGCUGCUUAAUCUACUUCCUGACAAAAUUUUUCUACCUACCUGGAAAGGCAGGAUUGUGAAGACUUAACUUUCUACAUUCUUCUUUAUCCAGGACAUCUGUUCUUACUGUUUAUCUCAACAAAAUUGAGAUAAACUCUAUUUUGUUUCAAAAUCACAUUGCAUUCUGAUAAGGCUGGUUAAGAGAUGGAAGAAGGAAAUAAGCAAUCCCAGUAAUAGCACACAAGUCAUGGCUUAUUUUCUAAUUUUUGCUUAAACACUGUGCUGUGCUUCGCAUUUUCUUUCUUUUUUCUUAUGAGACAGGGUCUCAC